AUGGGCAUUCUGUAUCUUCAGUUGGUCAAGAGCUUUAAAGAAUUGAGAAAUAUGGAUGAUAACGCGAAAGCCGCUGUUGGCUCCGUUAUUGGUGGCCUUGCUUUAGGCAUCUCCGUCUUUCUCUUGGUCCUUUACAUCAUGGGUAAAAUAUACAACGUAAGCCUCGGAGAAAUAUUCGGCCAAAUACGUGACGGGUUCCGUGAUUCCAAGCCUAAACUCCAAUAA